GGGGGGAAAAGCUUCAAACAGCGUGGGACAGGGCAGGGGGAACAAAGAGAAAACUGGAAAUGUUUCAGACUGGAAAUCGCGCGGCGCGGAGGGGACACAGCCCGCGCAGCCCCGGGGACACCUCGGCAGCCGCCGGGUCCCGGUGCCGGCACUGCCCGGGCCCCCCCCAGUGCCCGGCCCUGGGCUUUCACAGCUUGGGCUCCUCUUCUGGGGUCGGGCUGCACUGAAACCUGCACACCCCCAAAAUCCAGCACAGGAAAAGACAAAGCGGUGAAAACCCGAAUGGGACCCUCCGGCUGCGCGGUCGGCUGGGCCGGGCCGUGCCGGACAAUCCCCGGUGGCUCUGCGAGGGGACAGUCCCACGGUGGCGCACCCCGGGACAGCCCAAAUCCCCUGUGUGUGAGUGACGGCCUCAUUAACAUCCACGUGACCUUCAUUAACAGAGGCGUGACCGCUCUCAUUGGCGUGCACGUGACCCCUCAUUAGCAUGUCUGACCCCUCAUUAGCAUACCCCCGGCGCUCCGGACGAGCGGUGGGAAGCGCGGCGGGAGCGAUGGGCACAGCACGCGGAAUGCUCCGGGGUCCCCUCAGUCAGGGCAGUGUCCCGGGCCCGCGGCGGUGGCGCUCUGUGGCGCUGUUCCGGGCACAGCCGCUCCCCUCAGCUCUCACCGCCCCUGGGCUCCCUCACAGGCGGGAGCGCAGCGCGCGCGCACCCUCAGCCACCGCCCCGCGCGCGGGGGAGGCGGGGCCGGGCCGGGCUGGGCGGGGCCGUUCCGCAGCAGCGCGCGCGCCCUGCCCCGACCCCGGCCGGCCCCGCCCCGGGGCGCGCGCGCCGCGCCAACUCUCGCGAGAGCCGGGCCUGGCCAAGAUGGCGGCGCUGUGCGAGAGCUUCACGCUGCGCGGGCCGGGCCCCGGCGGCGGCGGCCCCGGGCUGUGUCUGGAGCCGGGCCCGGGCCGCGACCUGGUGCUGCUCACCGAGCGCGGCCGGGCCGCCACGCUCUUCAAGAUUUCGGAUCAGAAGCCCCUGGGCUGUUGGUCGGUCAAACAUGGGCAGAUCCUCACCUGUCCUGUUGUGUGCAACUUUGAAACCCACGAGUACAUCGCAGUUCAUGACGACAAGGUUUUAAGGAUAUGGAAGAAUGAAGACAUUAACUUGGACAAAGCCUUUAAAGCAACACUCUCAGCAGACGUGUGCAGGAUCCACUCCCUGCCCCAGGGCGGGCCCGUGGUGCUGUUCAGGGGAGGCGCUGUCCGGACGCUGGAUGAGCUCCUGGAAGCCCCUCAGCAGGAGAUUGAAAACGUCCUCACAGGGGAGGACAUCAGGUGGAGUGGAGCUUUUAUGGAAGGCCAACAACCUGUCUUAAUUUUCACUACUGAGAAAGACGGGGAUUUUUUUGUCUAUGUACAGAAGCCUCAGCUGAGUAGUCUACACAGAUACAAGCUUGAACCACAGGAAUCAGCCAAGCCACUGUGUUUCACAGCACAUAUAACAAACCAAACUGUCACACUUCUGUGUUUGUACUCCAAUGACUCUGUGUACCAGGUUCUGAUACCUCUGCAGCAAGAUACUGAAGAAGAGGAAGAAGAAGAGGAAAUUUUGUCCAAGUCACUGCUACUAAACCUUUCAGUAUCUGGAGCUGUUCUGAAAGGAACAUCCCUGGUUGUCCUGGACAAAGACCACGUUGCAGUGUUGGGCAGUCUUGCUGCACCUGGGAAACAACCCAUAGAGUGCCUGACCAUCUGGAAUACAAAAUUUCAGACGUUGCAAACCUCAAAGGAGCUGCCCCUGGGAACCAGUGGCCAGUUGUGGUGUUAUGAGGAAAAAUUUUUCCUAAUUCAUGGGAAAGUGCUGACAGUGAUUAUGUACAAGUGUGAAACAUCAUCCUUGGCAGCUGCUGUGGGAAAGCUCAAGGACAGUCAAACCCCUGAGGUGUCCCCAUUUCUGAACUGGAAUACCCUGGAAGAUGAGGAGCUGGUGGUUUCCUUUCAGUCCCAGGAGCCUGUAGCUCUGAAAGCAGAGUCUAGAAUGAAUUUAAGAUCAAGAAGGAAUGCUGCUGCUGGAGAACAGCCAGAGACAGUUGGGGAGCUCUUACUUAAGUUCAAAGGUGCCUCUUCCUACAUAUUGGAAAAUGAAUUGAAAAGAGCGAUGGCAAGAGCACCAACCCCAGAUCUGCAAGCCACCAUUGGCUGUGUGGUCACUGCCCUUACAGAGAGAUGUAAAAAUAAUCCAAAGUACUACCCUCGAAAUUUCCUGCAGCAGAUCAUUGAAACCCAUGAGUUCUCCUACAGUUUAUGUCCAGAUUUAAUGGCUGUUGCUUUGGAGAAGAACGAUAUGCCUCUCUUACAAAUGUGCCUAGAACGGUUCCCAGAUAUUCCUGAAGAAGUUACUUACACCUGCCUGAAAGCAUUUUUAAGCUUGAGUGAAGCCCAGCUCCAGAGUUUAGAUGUAAAUCUGGACUCUGCGAUCUGUUACAUUGACGUUGAAUUGGACGAUCAGGAAGUGAAGACUGAAAUUGUGGAAAAUGGCUUCAGUGCAGAGAUGGAGCAGGACAUGUGUGACACCAAAGUCCCCAAGGGAGGGCAUUUCUGGAGCGCUGGUGAAACCUGCCCUGUGGGGCUGCAGAAGGCAGCACUGCUAAAUGCUGUUCUGCAUUCAGCUUACACUGAAACAUUUCUUUUGCCUCACCUGAAAAACCUUCCAGCUCAACAAGCUGUUCUGUUUCUCAGGUAUUUAUAUUACCUGUAUGUGAAAUGCAGUGAAAAAGUUAACACCACUCUCCCUGGAGUACGCUCUCCCACAAUAAAUCAGAUCAUGGAUUGGAUGUGCCUGCUGCUUGAUGCUCAAUUCACGGUCAUGGUGAUGCUGCCAGAAGCAAAGGAGUUGCUUUCAAACCUGCAUAAGUUUGUGAGAGCCCAAGUGCGGUUCUACUCAGAACUCAACAAGAUUGAAGGAAGUUUGCAGGAAUUACAAAGACUGAACCACCUGAGAGAAUCUCAGACCUAUUCCAUUGAAGUGCUGGAAAUCAUUUGAAUUUGAAAUUCAUUAACACAUUUAUUUUGUAUUGAUUCCUUUUAUGACAAGGAUGUAUUAGCACUCCAUAUUGGGGCUGUCAAAUGUUGUUUUCUACAUAGGAGGAGCCUGGUUACUCUGUAGCUACAUGGGAGAGUUGUAAGUUUGAACCUUGUGUAUUAAAAUCUCUCUUUUUGACUGGA